CAUGUUCUCCAACAACUUAUUAGUUGGCCUCACCUCUUUGACUCCAAUUUCCUUUCCCCACAUGUAUUUGAGUGCAUAUACCUGAAAAAUUUCGAUCUAUGAAUCUGUCAACAUCUUUGAGUUGUUCUACAGUUCAGGCCGCUCUGUAUUUCCGAUCUUUUACUGUCAUGCACAAGUGUUUGUUGGUUUCUCUUAUUUGUAUUCAUAUUCUCUGAGAUCUCUCAUAAAGGUUCAUCUUUCAAAUCUGGGUCUAUCUCUCUCUCUCUCUCUCUCUCUCUCUCCUUCUCUAUCUUCUAGCUCGCUGAAUCUCACAUCACAGGUGCCCUCUUUUCUCUUCUCUGUUCACUCCUCUUUAAUGGGUAUUUGAUAGUUUCUGUGCUUGUUUGAAUAUAAAAACCCUAGAUUUCGUUUUUUUUGCUCUGUGAUUUCUUGAUAUUUUCGAAUGAUGGGUUGUGGAACUCAUGAAUUGUUGAUUCGGGUUUCAGUCAUAUUGUCUUUGUUCUGCUUUUGUACUGGAUUUAGUCCUGUAGAUAAGUAUUUUAUAGACUGUGGAUCACCCACCAACACCACUUUGGGUGAUCGAGUUUUCAUGGCAGAUAGCUUAGCUUCAAGCCUCCUCUCAUCCCCACAAAACAUAUUAUCCAAUUCCUCUUCAAAUCCCACCACAAACUCCCUCGAAUCGCCGCUCUAUCAGACGGCGAGGAUUUUUUCUGGUGUCUCUAAGUACACCUUCCCUAUCACCCAGAUUGGGAGACACUGGAUUCGCCUUUAUUUCUUCCCAUCUGUUUAUGGGAACCACGAUUCGAGCUCGGCCAAUUUCUCUGUUUCUGCCCAAAAUUUUGCACUUCUUACCAAUUUUAAUCCGAAAAACGCUUCUGUCAAAGAAUUCUCAGUAAAUGUAUCGAGCCCUCUUGUCAUCACUUUCAUCCCCGCCAACAAUUCAUUUGCGUUCUUGAAUGCCAUGGAAGUUGUUUCGGUCCCUGAUUUGCUCAUAACCGAUGAUGCCACUUUGGUUAGCCCUUCGGGCAAAUUCCAGGGCCUUUUGACACAGGCAAUGGAGACGGUUUUUAGGGUGAAUAUGGGUGGGCAGACUGUGUCCUUUGAGAAUGAUACAUUAUGGAGAACAUGGGUUCCUGAUCAAGAUUUCUUAGUACAGAAAAAUUUAGCCACAAAUGUAUCAAAGAUUGGAGCUGUUCGGUAUCCACAGGGUGGGGCAACGCCUGAUAUUGCUCCAGCUACUGUUUAUGGUACUUGUGCUGAAAUGAACACACAAGGUGAUGCCAAUAGCAAUUUCAACGUGACAUGGGAGUUUAAUGUGGAUCAGGGAUUUCAGUAUUUUGUUCGGUUUCACUUCUGUGAUAUAGUGAGUGCAUCUGCCAACCAGCUUUACUUCAAUGUUUAUAUUGAUUCAACGAUUGUUGCUCCGGACUUGGAUCUCAGCAAUAUAAACCUUGGCUUUCUGGCCACUCCAUAUUAUAUGGAUUUUGUUACAGCCAUGAAUGAAAACAGCAAGAUUCGCAUCAGUAUUGGGCCGUCUUCUUUAAAAAAUAGUCUCCCAAAUGCCAUUCUAAAUGGACUAGAGAUUAUGAAGAUGAAUAAUUCUAUGGGCAGCCUUGACGGAGUGGCCUCCACGGUACCUUCCUCACCAAAGACGAAGAAGAAUGUGGGAAUGAUAGUGGGUUUGAUCAUUGGUGUGCUUGUUGCUGUUGUGUUGGUGGCCAUUGUCUUUUUUAUUUGCAGAAGAAGAAAUAUGGAAAGUCUCGGUCAUUCAAAGGCAUGGAGUCCUUUCUCCCUCACCAUGGGCAGUAAAUACUCUAAUGGAACAACCCUUAGUACAGUUUCUAACCUCGGAUAUCGCUUUCCUUUUGCCACAGUUCAAGAGGCUACUAAUAACUUUGAUGAGAGUUGGGUUAUUGGAAUUGGUGGUUUUGGGAAGGUUUACAAGGGUGAACUAAAUGAUGGCACAAAAGUGGCUGUUAAGAGGGGCAAUCCCCGGUCCCAACAAGGUUUUGCAGAGUUCAGAACUGAAAUUGAGAUGCUUUCUCAGUUCCGCCACCGCCAUUUGGUUUCCCUGAUUGGGCACUGUGAUGAAAAAAAUGAGAUGAUUUUGAUCUACGAAUAUAUGGAGAAUGGGACACUCAAGAGUCAUCUCUAUGGCGCGGGUCUACCCAACUUAAGUUGGAAGGAGAGGCUUGAGAUUUGCAUUGGAGCAGCCAGGGGACUUCACUAUCUCCAUACUGGCUAUUCAAAAGCAGUUAUUCAUCGAGAUGUAAAGUCUGCAAACAUUUUGCUUGAUGAGAAUCUUAUGGCCAAAGUUGCUGAUUUUGGGCUUUCAAAGACUGGACCUGAAAUCGAUCAAACCCAUGUGAGUACGGCAGUGAAAGGGAGUUUCGGGUACCUUGACCCCGAAUAUUUCAGGAGGCAACAGCUGACAGAGAAAUCUGAUGUGUAUUCAUUUGGAGUGGUUUUGUUUGAAGUUCUUUGUGCAAGGACUGUAAUAGAUCCAUCUCUCCCAAGAGAGAUGGUGAACUUAGCUGAAUGGGCAAUGAAGUGGCAGAAGAAAGGGCAGUUGGACCAAAUUAUAGAUCACCAUCUUGUGGGAAAAAUAAAACCGGAUUCUCUCAGAAAGUUUGGAGAAACAGCAGAGAAAUGCUUGGCUGAAUAUGGUGUUGACAGGCCUUCCAUGGGAGAUGUCUUGUGGAAUCUGGAAUAUGCACUACAGCUUCAAGAGGCGGUUCUUCAAAAUGAUCCUGCAGAGAACAGUACUAAUGUCAUUGGUGAGCUCGCUCCACAAGUCAACGAUUUCAAUCAUGUUGAUACUACUGUUUCAGCUACCCAGUUUGAAGCGGCAAAAUUGGACGAUGUUUCAGGUGUUUCAAUGAGUAGGGUGUUUUCACAGCUGGUAAAAUCCGAGGGUAGAUGAGAAAGUGUAGAUGGUAUGUAACAUGAUGGGCUUAGCUCAUCUUUGGUUUACAACUUCUUGGUUCAUCCAGUGGCCUAUCUCUGCUUGCCUUACUGGUACCCCCCCAAAAAAAAGUUUUUCUUUAUUUUGUUAAUAUUGGAAGUACUUGUGCACGACGUGGUGUGGCUACCAACAAAUGUCAUGUAUGAACCAAAGAGGGGCUGUGUCAAAUUGUGGCUAUUCAUCCUUCAAAGUGGCUUUUAAAUCAAACUCAAUCCUUUGUGGGGUUGUUCUUAGAACUUAAAUUGCAUACGGAGCGUUGUGAGUUAUCUUUUGUACAGAGGAGUGGAGGUAGAGUCAGUUUUGUUCUGGCCUUUGAUAAAAAGGUGUUGCACCUAAAGUUUACUAUUUUGUAUUUUGAUGUUUCUUUUUUUCAUUUAAUUUAUGAAUGUUUUAUGUUUUUGGUAUCAGGACACCUUCAGCUUCUGCAUGUCAUUCAUGUUUGCUAAUUUAAUAUGUGCGGCUUCUUAUUGAAUUCUAA